UGGGACUAGCACUAUAGAAAAUAUUUUAUUUUUCUCUGCCUUGAUUGUGUUUUGGAACUCUAUUCAAAUUUCAAAUAAAAUGUAGUAGAUAAUCAAUAACAUUAAUAAUAAAUAUAUGUCUAAUAUUAUACAUUGUAUUCUAUAGAAUUUAUAUGUAAAUUUAAUAAUUCAGAACUGGAUUUCAAAGCCUAUCUCAAGUAGGUACAAGACGCACAUUAAUUCCCGGAUACAUUACAGUCAAUUAUCAUUACAAAACGCUGACUCAAACAAGUAUGUUGUAUUUGUAUCAAGUAUCUUUACUAUAUUUAAAGUUUUGUCACGAAUACCACCCGAAAACUUCAUCCCUUGUACUACGAGUUUUAUAGCCGAAAUACGGAGCAAUUAACAAUGUCAUACUCAUUGGAAACCUUAAAGAAACUCCCCAAAAUGGUAGUUUUCGAUUUAGAUUAUACGCUGUGGCCAUUUUGGGUUGACACUCAUGUGGAUCCUCCAUUUCACAAAAAUUCGUCGGGUAAAGUGGAAGAUAUGCGUGGUAAAUUAAUUAAAUAUUAUCCAGAGUCUCCGAAAGUUUUAGAAUUUCUCUCAUCCCAUAAGAUUGGUAUAAGUGUAGCAUCAAGAACUGGCGAAGUAGAUGGAGCAGAACAACUUAUAAAGUUAUUUGGUUGGAAUAAUUAUUUUCAAAAUAAACAGAUCUACCCUGGAAGUAAAGAUAAACAUUUUAAAAGAAUUAGCGAAGCUACCAAAGUGGGUUUAGAAGACAUGGUUUUUUUUGACGACGAACAACGUAACAUAGUCGAUUUGGAAAAAUUAGGAGUUGUAUGUAUCUUAGUAAAAAAUGGAAUGACAGUGAAAGUUUUAAUGGAAGGUUUAAAAAAAUUUGAUACAUUGAGGACAUAAAUUAAUUAAUAAGUUAAACAAACCAAAUUGAUAUUUUACCAAAUUUUUAUUUAUUUAACAACUAAGUGUUUUGUUACUUAAAUUAAACAUUUAAUUUAUAAAAUUCCUUUGUGGAUGUAUAAAAUAAUCUUUUGACUAGUUAUACAAACCCAACAUAAAAAUAUUUUUGUUCAAAUAGUGAUAUAGUACGUUCCUGUUGUAUGUUUUUUAUGUUUAAAACCAUUUUAUUGUAAUCAUUGUAAAAGAUAAUUUUUUUAAGAUAAAAUAAGUUCUUCGAAAAUGUUUUCUAAAUUCAGUAUAAUCCAACAUUGAAAUAAAAAAAAGAUAGUGUUGUUGGCUACAAGAGUAUUGUUUCGAAAAAGCUCAUACCAAACAAAAAUAUUAUCUAGUCAGAUCAAUAUUGUUUAAUGAUAA